CGGCGGACGAGCUGCUGAGCAGUCCCGGAAGCGAAGCAGCGAUGGCGGAGAGUCCGACUGAGGAGGCGGCUACGGCGACGGCGGGCGCCGGGGCAGCAGGCCCAGGGGCGAGCGGUGUUGCCGGUGUGGUCGGCGUUAGCGGGAGCGGCGGCGGGUUCGGGCCGCCUUUCCUGCCGGAUGUGUGGGCGGCGGCGGCGGCGGCGGGCGGGGCCGGGGGACCCGGGAGCGGCCUGGCUCCGCUGCCAGGACUCCCGCCCUCGGCCGCUGCCCACGGGGCCGCGCUGCUUAGCCAUUGGGACCCCACGCUCAGCUCGGACUGGGACGGCGAGCGAACCGCGCCUCAGUGUCUACUUCGGAUUAAGCGGGAUAUCAUGUCCAUUUAUAAGGAGCCUCCUCCAGGAAUGUUCGUUGUACCUGACACCGUUGACAUGACUAAGAUUCAUGCAUUGAUCACAGGCCCAUUUGACACUCCUUAUGAAGGGGGUUUCUUCCUGUUCGUCUUUCGGUGUCCACCCGACUAUCCCAUCCACCCACCUCGGGUCAAACUGAUGACAACGGGCAAUAACACAGUGAGGUUUAACCCCAACUUCUACCGCAAUGGGAAAGUCUGCUUGAGUAUUCUAGGUACGUGGACUGGCCCCGCCUGGAGCCCAGCCCAGAGCAUCUCUUCUGUGCUUAUCUCCAUCCAGUCCCUGAUGACUGAGAAUCCCUACCACAACGAGCCAGGCUUUGAACAGGAAAGACAUCCAGGAGACAGCAAAAACUAUAAUGAAUGUAUCCGGCAUGAGACCAUCAGAGUUGCAGUCUGUGACAUGAUGGAGGGCAAGUGCCCCUGCCCUGAACCCCUACGGGGAGUAAUGGAGAAGUCCUUCCUGGAGUAUUAUGACUUCUAUGAGGUGGCCUGCAAAGACCGCCUGCAUCUUCAAGGCCAGACUAUGCAGGACCCUUUUGGAGAAAAGCGGGGCCACUUUGACUACCAGUCCCUCUUGAUGCGCCUCGGACUGAUUCGACAGAAAGUGCUGGAAAGGCUCCAUAAUGAGAAUGCUGAAAUGGACUCUGAUAGCAGCUCAUCUGGGACAGAGACAGACCUGCAUGGGAGCCUAAGGGUCUAGACCCUGCUCCCCUGCCCCUCCCCCAACUCGAGAGUCCCAGCAGAGCCCCUCCCCUCACCCCAGGGACGGAGAGGCACUGUGCAUCUCCCUUCAAAAGUGUUGGCAUCCCGCAAGAUGGCAAGAAGCAAGCAAACUCAAUCCCAGGGUGUGGGAGUGGGGCUGUUCCCAAUCUGACCUCCUUGGUGCUGGAGCACCUAGGGCUGUAGUCAAUCCUGGAUCAGGGCCGGCCGGGGUACUUUUGGAGAGUACCUGGAGUGAUGACCUCUGGCAAAGCUAAACAACCAACACACCUCUCUGCAGGGCCAGCUAAUUAGGGAUAGGAGAAGACAGGAAACGAGAACCCAAGGGGGAGCAUGCCCAAGUGGUUUAUAGGGAUAGCUGGGAGUUUGGGUGGGGGUGCUGUCCAUGACACUUAAGCAGUCUGGUUGGUUAUCUGUUUGUCUUCAGUCUUGAAGCAGGGCUUCCCAACACCCUCUUCUUCCCCUCCCCUAUUAUUUCCCAUGGGCCAGCAUAACUUUGUUUUUCCUAAUUUAUAUAGUCACUGUUCUAGACAGACCAAAGACAAGGAACAGUGGUGGAGUCUGGGCUGCUGAUCAGUAAGCUUUACCUAGCACCUGAGCACCUUCUCCCUCACACCAUUUCCUCCGCAUUCUAGGUUACAGGUAGAAGGUAAGCCAGCUGGGACUGAGCCCAGGUCUCUGUGAAGCCUGCAUGGGUGUCAGGAAGCUGCUCACUGUGUCCCCACAAUCACUGAUUUGAAAGGUUCCCAGCACAGGCAGCUGCAGCGUGUAUGGGAUUUGAGCCACUACAUAAAAUAGUCUCUUACAGAUUUCCUGAAUAGUAGUCAAUGAGGGUGUUCUUCUUGGGGUGGAGCAUGGGAAGACUGAUGCUAGUCCCUAUUUUGUUUAGCAGUUAUGUCUGUAGUCCCUGUCCUCCCUUCUGCCCUACCCCCAUUCCCUGGGGAUUUGUGAGCAUGGACAGCCAAUGGCUUGAGGGGAUUGUGGCUGGGACUCUGGAGACUCCUCUCUUUAUCGUUCCCUCUUUGUCACUGGCGCUGUUCUUUCUUUGAAUUUAGCUACAGUGAUCUUCAGCUGGUUGAGUAAGAAGUGUUUUCAGUGGCUCGGGGUCAGUUUAGUACAGUUCACACUUUCAGGUUUGCUGUUCUGACUCCCAGUGGGUGGUUAGUGAUCCACGGGAUGCAGGCCUUCUGGUCAGUGUCCAACCCUGAGGAAUGGAGAACUACCUGCCCUGCCCGCUGCUAUAAAGGUCUCUGCCUUGUGGAUCAUGGGACUCCCUUGGAGAGAGAGGGAGAAAAUAGGGCACAAAGAGGGACCUCUUGGAAGGGCAGAAAGCAGAGAACUGGACAGGGACAGGUCACUUGGGGAGCAGUUUUGUUUUGCCUACAUGGAGGCUGGGUCAUAUGUGGAGAUUUCAGAAGGGACCCUGCUUCCAAUUUCCCUCUUCCAUUCCCAGAGCUAGUCCAGGGCUGAGAAUGCCUUUGGUCUGUGGGUCCAGUGUUGUCUGUCAUCCAUUAAGUGUUCCCACUUUCAAGUGACAAUCUUCUCCUUGGCCCUGCCAUGGGGCAGAGCAUGUCUGGCACAGCAGCCUGACUUUUAUGCCCUAAUUUUAAGUUGAGGAAAUAUAUGCACAGGAGUCAAAGAGAUGUCUUUAUAUCUGACUGUACAUAAAUGAAGUUUUCUUUUUUUUUCCUUUUUGGUGCAAUAAAGUUUGUUUUGGCAGAAGGA